GCGCUGAAGGUAUGGGAGCCGAGGAGGAAGAAGUCAUCGUCGCUCUUUCUGGAGGAGCCCCAUGGGGUUUCCGGCUGCAAGGGGGCUCAGAGCAGAAGAGACCCCUUCAGGUGUCCAAGAUCCGCAAGCGGAGCAAAGCUUGCCGUGGGGGCCUCUGGGAGAACGAUGAGCUGGUGUCUAUCAAUGGAAAGCCCUGUGCCAGCCUCUCCCAUGCCAGUGCCAUGCAAAUCAUCGACUCUUCCAACGGCAUCCUCAACAUUGUGGUCAAAAGGGCAACCAGCGGAGACUCUGCCAGCACGAGGCUGCUGCGUUCCCCUUCCCCCAAGCAGGUGCGAGCGGCCUCCCCUCUUGGCCAGGUUGCUCAGGCCCUCAGCCCUGAGCCACCCACUGCCCCUGUUGCCCCACAGCCCGAGCCACAGUCCCGCCGGCAGCAGCAGCAGCUGGAGACUCUCACCUCCCCCCCAGAUAGCGAAGCCUACUACGCGGAGACAGACAGUGAUGCUGACAACGUGGCCCAGGAGAAGCAGCGGAGGGCCCGCAAGAAGAGUCCCCGUUCCCCGCCGGGGGUCCCAAACAACAAAGUGGGCGAGCCGCAGGAGGAAGUCUCCCUUUCGGAGCUGAGCAGUUACAACAGCAUUCUGGAGGCCGCGGUUCAAACGCAAGAUGGAGGAGAUGGCCCCACCGGAGUGGCCAAGAGGGAGAUUGUGUGUCAGCCAUGCAGCCGCACAGACACCCCUUUCUCUGAGAGUGAGGCCUUGCUGGAGCUCCCCCCACAUGGAGACAGAGAGCCUUCCCCCGAGGCCUUGCUCCUGCCCCAUGCCACCAAGACCAUCCGCUCUGAGAGGCACCUCAUCCCCAUGAUAGGGCCUGUUGAGCAUCCGGUGGAUGAAGACCUGACCACCACUUAUGCCGAGAAAGCCAAGCAAGCCAAGCUUCAUCGCAGUGAGAGCAUGCAGGAGAAGACGGUGAAAGAAGCCAAAACGAAGUGCCGCACCAUCGCCUCCCUGCUGACGGAUGCCCCGAACCCCCAUUCCAAGGGCGUCCUGAUGUUCAAGAAGCGCCGGCAGAGGGCCAAGAAGUACACCCUGGUCAGUUUUGGGAGCGUUGACGAAGACCGUUGCUAUGAUGAAGAGGAUGGCGUCUUCCCAACCAGUGAGUCUGAAUUUGAUGAGGAAGGCUUCUCUGAUGCCCGGAGCUUCACCAACCACUCUGACUGGGAUAAUACCUACCUAGAUAUUGAGAAGCCCAGGGAGCCGUCAGCGCAGGAGACCACGCAGCCUCAGCAGGGCCUCUGUGAAGCCUCGGGCAGGGGGGCUGAGUUAUUUGAGCAGCAGAGGCAGAAGGCCGGAAGACACACUUUGGAAAGCACCUCUGCCUGGAAGGCCGAGGAACGACUCCCAGCUCCCAGCGUGGGGAAGAGGGAAAGGCCUGUGCCCCAGAAGGCCGAAAAGUCCCCAGCGAAUGUCCAGCCGGAGGCUGUGCAAGUCUCCAGCCAGCUGCCCUCCCCCAGCCCUGCUCUGCUCCAGUCUCCCCCCGCCCUCUUUGGGGAAGGAGGAGGAGGCCCAAGUCCCACUGGCCUCUUCAACAGGUCUGCCCGGCCGUUUGCGCCUGGGGCCUCGGGGCAGCAGCCUGUGACUUCUUCUGUGGUGUUCAGACCAUCUGUGCCGAGGAGAAACCAGGAGGGCCCCGGUGGACAGAGGGCAGCCGCGUCUCCUUUCUCGCCAGUCUCUCCAGGGACCAGCCCAGCCAGCACAUCGCUGUCUCUCUACAUCCCAACCACGCCAGCAGCCACCCAUUCAGCAGAGGUGAAGCUGUCCCCCAACACGGCAAGAACCUCCACGGCUUCCAUCUACCUGUCCCAUCCCUCCAGGCCGGUGGGAGAGGCAGUUGCUCCCAGGCCCUCGCCACAAGCUCAGGGGACAACUUCCUCCUCUUUGUACAUCAGCCCCGCCCCACCGCAGCCGAGCCAGCGUGCAGCCCAGCCCCCCCCCACCACAGCCCCUGCCGCUGCUGAGCCGCUGGUCUCCAGGGAGCAGAGGAUCGCUGUGCCAGGGCCCCGAACGGGCAUCUUGCAGGAGGCCCGCCGGCGGAGCAGCAAGAAGCCCAUGUUCAAGCCAGCGGAGGAGAAGAAGAAGAAUUCUCCUAACCCAGAGCUGCUCUCUUUGGUGCAGAACCUGGACGAAAAGCCCAAAGGUGACCAGCACGGGGCAGGCUUUGAGUCAGGGCCGGAGGAAGACUUCCUCAGCCUCGGGGCAGAAGCCUGCAACUUCAUGCAGCCUUCUGCCCGCAAGCUCAAGAACCCGCCCCCCGUAGCCCCCAAGCCUCAGCCGCCUCUGGGGAACGGCAGGUCUCCCGCACACGACAUCUCCCGCCUUAAGGGGAAAGGGGCGGAGCUCUUUGCCAAGCGACAGAGCCGCAUGGACAAGUUUGUGGUGGAAGCAGCGCCGACCCCAGGCCCAAAGGCCCGGAGCCCGUCCCCGACUCCUUCCCUGCCUUCCUCCUGGAAGUACUCCCCAAACAUCCGGGCCCCGCCCCCCAUUGCGUACAACCCCCUGCACUCCCCAUUUUACCCCUUGGCCGCCAGCAAGUCCCAGGCCAGCAAAGCAGAGAGCAGAGUGAAAAAGGCCCCCAGCCAGAAACCGGGGAUCCAGGCCAUUGAUUUCCUGCGGCACCAGCCCUACCAGCUCAAGUCCGCCAUGUUCUGCUUUGGGGAGACUCCAGGCUCUGCUGGCCAGGCCCAGCAGCACGGUUUGUCUUUCACCCCAGCCAAACAAGUCCCUGUUAAAACAGCCAGGACCUACGAGAUCCGUCGCUUCUCCACCCCGGCCCCUGGGCCAACCUCAGGCAGCCUGGCCCUCACAGUGUUGGCCCCCCGGGCUGCUACCACCUUGGAUGAGCCCAUAUGGAGGGCAGAAAGGGCCUCCACUUCUGCCCCUGUCUCCCCUGGCCCCUCCCAGGCCCCUCCCGCCCAAUAUCAAAGCUCUCCGGAACUCAGGCAGGCAGGUCUGGCGGCCUCCCCAGGCCCAGCCUCCUUGCCUUCCGGUUUCCAGGUCGCACGGCCCAGGUUCUCUGCUGCCCAGACUGGCAUGCAGGCACACGUCUGGAGGCCAGGGUCUGGGCACAAAUGAGAGAA